AUGGAGGGCAUUUCUAAAAAUGUGUUAGUCCUGAAUUUUCAAAUAGAUUCGAAAAAUGUCAAGGAUCAACAGGUGUGGGCACCUCGCCCUGAGCCCAUUCCGGGCUGUCCUCCUGGACUAGAAUACUUAACAACGGUGGAUCAGCUACUUGUUAAACAGCAGACAGAGCUUUUAGAGGUUCUCGUAGGAUGGGAAACUGCAAAUAAGUACAAGAUCAAAACCAAAAGUGGACAACAAAUCUAUUUUGCAGCUGAAGAGUCAAAUGCCUGCGCUCGCCAGAUUUGUGGCCCAAAAAGAGGUUUUACAAUGCACAUCACAGACAACAUGGGGGAGGAGGUGAUCCGAGUAACAAGGCCGUUUAAGUGUUUUGCUGGAUGCGCAUGGUGUGCUUGUAUUAACGCUUUUGCUCAUGGGGUUACAGUUGAAGCACCACCGGGACAGGUGGUAGGAUAUGUCAAACAACAACUGAGUUGGUUUCCACCAAGAUAUUCAAUACUGGAUGCCAAUCGCCAGGAGGUCUUUUGCAUCAGAGGUCCUCUCUGCAUGAUUACAGGGCCAUGUUGUCCAUUCGACCUUGAAUUUGAGGUGUUUGCCAAGGACGGGAAUACAAGUGAGGGGAAGAUCAGCAAGAAGUGGGGUGGAAUGCUAGACUAUGUCCUCGACAUUGGCUCUGAUGCUGACAGUUUUGGAGUUUCGUUUCCUAUGGAUCUAGAUGUCAAGAUCAAGGCGGUGAUGAUUGGAGCUGUGUUCCUCAUUGACUUCAUGUACUUCGAAACGAGUGCAAUUGAUAAUAGUCUCCUCUCCGGAUAAACACUACACAAAUUUAUUGGUUCAAAACGAGAAGAGUGGAAUGAAAGCAAGGAACACAAUAUACCAAAAACAUGCUGGCAAAUCAGUUAAC